GAGGCUGUAACGAAGCAGCUUGAAAGGGGCACGAAUUCUUGCCAAUUGCUCAAGGCGGCCCUGAUUCUGUGACAAGCAUUAAUGCUAUACGACAAUCCUCGUGCCAGAUACGUAUGUCCCUAAGUUAUCAUGAUGAUUCUCUUGUCGUGAGACAUCUGACAAUGGGACACAUGUAUCAAGCAAGGUCGUGAUAUGCUAGACAAUUUUUGGCUCAGUGGCCCCAGCUAGCCAGCAAAAAUGAUUCAAUUUAUUAUUGUCUCCUCUGGGCCGUCAUACUACUGGCUUGCAGGCGGCCGUAUGGAACAGAGUGCUGCGCAGGUAUCAUCAUGCUAAGAAAAUGAGAACAAUGUUUUUUUACCUGAAACACUGGCAGCAGAAUUCCUUGAAUACCAAGCAGACUCCUCAAGUUCUGCAGGCCUCAGGACUUUAUGCCAAUGACAAACAGUUGAUUGGUGACGUUGCCCAGAACCAGGCCACUAUGAGCCCCCACAAUGUUGUUUUUGAUGCCAAGGUCCAGUUGGACAUCAAGCACUUCCCUUUCACUGUUUUCACCAAGGCUGCGGAGCAGAAGGAGUUUUCUCCCGAGGAAAUCUUGUUGAUGGUUCUUCUUAAGAUGAAGGAGACCACUGAGCCCUACCUGGGCUACAAUAUCAGCAAUGCAAUUGUCACCGUCCCUGCCUACUUUGACGACUCUCAGAGACAGGCUACAAAAGACGCUGGUACUAUCUCUGGAAUGAAUGUUCUCCAUAUCGUCAACCAGCCCACUGCUGCUGCCAUCACAUAUGGUCUCGACAAAAACAUUAUUGGUGAGGGCAACAUCCCCAUCUUCAAUCUUGGAGGAGGAACCUUUGAUGUGUUGCUCUUGACCAUUGAGGAGGGUACAUUCAAGGUGAAGGCCACUGCUGGUGACACUCACUUGGGUGGUGAGGACUUUGGCAACCGACUCGUCAACCACUUCGCACAAGGGUUCAAGCGCAAGCACAAGAAGGGUGAGUGA